AGUACUUCCGCCGGCAAUCGGCCUCCUCAAUGUUGUUAGGAGUUGAUAACAAAUGGAGUAGUUGUAAAUUGGAAGGUUCACAGUAUGAAAUAGUAAAAAUAUUAGGGACCUAUCUAAGAUAAAACAGAAGGCAAGGGACGCUCAAAUUUGAACUUCCUCAGACAAAACCAAAGAAACAAAAAUCAGAGUAAAAACAAAGGUUUUUCUUUUCAUCCAAACCCAUUAGUAGGAUUGCAAUUCGUGAUUUUGUUUUGUCAGAGAAUUGUUUUGCAAAAUAACGAGUACAAGAAGUGAAACCAAAGGUGAAAUCUAACACUGUAUAAAAAUUCGAGAAGGUUGUGAUUCAUCAAUGGACCAAGGAUAUGAAUUACCAAGAGAAUUGAAGCUAAAGAAGGCAUUCAAGAUGAUUGCUCGUACUUUGUUAACAGCAUGCUCUAGAGAGGAAUUCCUUGAGGCAUUUUCAGCAUUCCGCAGAGCAAAACAAGAUGUUCUAUAUCAGCUUUUUAUUCACGUAAUUGCAGAACUCCAUGAGAACAUUGAGGAAGAUUUUGAGUCGAUAUGUGCCGAAACACAGGUUGCUGCCACUUUUGACAAGGUAGAACAACUCGAAGAAGAGCAAAAACUAGACACUCUAGCACAAGAUAAGACAAAUUUACUUGAUGUCAAGCAAGAGUUGUCGAGAGCCAAGAAAGCUGAGAUUAGUUACUUGACAAGUGCCCUAGAAAAGGCUGUUGCACAAAACCUCCAAAUGAAAACCCAUAUUGAAUCUCUCAGAAUAGACAGGCAAGACUAUUCUGUGCCCGAUGCUGUUAAAAAAUUGAGGAGCUGGUAUCAGAACUCGAGUCAGGCACCCUAGAACUAGAAGCAUUAAAUUGAUCUCAGAUAAUUAGCGGUUGACUCGAAACUUAGAUGCACUUAAAACUUUAUUAAGGGUAUUCAGAGUUUCAUGAGUAAAAUUAGACGGAUUUGCUUCGGUUUAGACUGUUCGGUCACUGUAUUCUGUACGUCAUUUUCCUGUAUGAAUGUAAAUUGUCAAUGCAAGAAAAGUAAGAGAAGAAGUUUCUAAUGCACGAGUUACUGAAUCAUGCAUCUCUGCUAAA